ACCGCCAUAAGUUCACUGACGAUACUUUUGCAUUCGGUUUUUUUUUUUUUUCUUUAUUCCCUAUUAUUUUUUUUAAUUUUUUUAUUUAUUUUUUUUUUCGCCACUUCCAAGGCUUGGAAAAAUUUACAUCGUUGCGUUGACGUUUCGUAAAACGUGCGGCAGUGAAAAUCGCGACACAACCGCAUCGGUCGACGAAAUCGAUGUAAAAGAGGAAAAAAAAAAAAAAAAAAACAAGGCCUCGUAGAUUGUGGAUAAGUGCGGGAGAUUUUACCAUUAUUUAUAAAUAUAUAUAUAUAUAUAUACACGAGUAUUUUGUUGCUCUUGUUAAAUUCGUCAGAAAUAUUCUUAUAUAAAUUAUAUAGUGGUUUUGGUGAAUAUACAUAUUAUUAUACAAUAUUGUACUUGUGCAGUGUGUACUAUUAUUAUUAUUGUUAUUUUAUUUUUUUUCUUACCACCGUUCUUCUUCGUCGUUUUUAUUCGUUGAUUCGAAGAGAAGUGAUAAAAUUUCAAGAUGGGUUCGCUGAAACAGUUGUCAGUUCUCAAAGGAGAAAACACAGGCCGAAAGAACGAGGAAGUAUUCGUUCAUAAAAUAUUCUCCCAAGUGGCGGCCAACAAUCUGAAUCACACAGCAAUUGUCUACGAAGACGAGUUUGGCAAGGACAGAAGUUUGACUUACAGUCAGCUCGAAGCGCGAACCAAUCAGCUGUCACGGGUCCUAGCAAAACGCUGUCGUCGAUCCAGCAGCCUCGAUGCCCUCGUAGCAAUUUCAAUGCAGCCUACGGAUCGUCUUCCGACUCUCUUGCUGGCUACGUUGAAGGCCGGAAUGGCUUACCUUCCGUUGGAUCCAGGGUUUCCAGCUCCCAGAGUUAAGCAUAUCCUGAACGAAGCCGAGCCCCUCCUCGUGGUCGCCGAAGAUGGAGCCGACAUGACAAUAUACGAGGGCACACCUGUCGUUACAUACGAGAAGCUUCUAGAAGAAGCCAGCAAAGAGUCGACGGAGCCCAUGAAUUUGGACACGUGUUCUGACCUGGCGAUCGUGUUGUACACUUCGGGAAGCACGGGGGUGCCGAAAGGCGUUAGACUGCUCCACGAAACUCUGAUGAAUCGGCUCCGCUGGCAGUGGAGGGUGCUGCCUUAUUCGUCGACUGAGGAGAGGUGCGUUUUCAAAACUGCACUGACUUUUGUCGACAGUGUGCCCGAAAUCUGGGGCCCUUUGCUUCAGGGAAGGAGCAUUGUCGUUGUUCCAAAGCAUGUCACAAGGGAUCCGCAGAGGUUCAUUCAGCUUCUGGAGAAACACAAGAUCGAACGACUCGUACUUGUCCCGUCUUUGCUGAGGACUCUCCUAAUGUACCUGGAAAUGCAGGACAAGGAACUCCUUCAGAGCCUGAAACUCUGGGUGUGCUCGGGCGAAACUUUGGCUAUUUCAUUGGCCGAGCAGUUCUUGGCCAGAUUCCGGUCCGGCGAACAUGUUUUGGCUAAUUUUUACGGCAGUACAGAAGUUAUGGGGGACGUUACAUACCAUUUGAUCAAUCACCCUCAACAGCUCAAGGGUCUGGACAAAGUACCGAUCGGCAAGCCGUUAGAUAAUACUGCCGUAUACCUUGUUGACAAGGAAAUGCAGUUGGUGCCGCAAGGAGAAGUCGGGGAGUUAGUUUGCGCUGGUAAAAACUUGGCAGCUGGUUACGUCAAAGGAAGGGAUCCGCAUCGUUUCUUAGACAAUCCACACGCUGUGGAUCCAGAAUACUCGCGGAUUUAUCGAACUGGUGACUACGCCAGGAUCGUAAAAGGCAUAAUGAUUUACGAGGGGAGGACUGACGCCCAAAUUAAAAUCCGAGGACACAGGGUUGACCUCGCAGAAGUGGAAAGAGCUGUCGUGUCAUCCCCUGCUGUCGACAAAGCGGUCGUUCUCUGUUUUAAACCCGGUGAACUUUCGCAGGCACUCAUUUCGUUUGUGACGGCCAAAGACAACAUACAUAUUUCCGGACUGCAGAUCGAAUCUUAUCUGCACACCAUUCUACCGCCUUACAUGAUACCGCAAGUGAUAGUGAUUGAUUCCAUUCCUCUAUUGGUGAAUGGAAAGACUGACAGACAGACACUGCUGAUGCAAUACGAAUUGAUGAGCAACAAAGAGGAAAUCGCCGUCGAUUGCAGCUACGAAAAUGUCCCGCUGUCUCUUCUCCCUGCAGCUCAAGUCCUCUUUCCCACGGUAGCAUCAGUGGUCGGACGUAGCGCUCGAGCAGCAGUGACCAUCGACGCUAACUUUUACGAGCUGGGAGGAAACUCUCUGAAUUCGAUCUACACCGUUACCAGACUUCGCGACCAGGGCUACCAGAUUGGAAUAACUGAUUUCAUAAGCGCAAAGAACAUGGGGGAUAUAUUGCAGAGGAUGAAUGUCGACUCAGAUUCCGACACCGAUGGCUCUGCCAACGGAGAGCAGUACGUUUUUGAGGAGCUCAAUAAUUCCCACAAAGAAGACGUUGUCGAGAUGAUCACGGACAGUUUUUACUCGAAAGCUGACCUGGAGAAGUGGUUGAUGCCUGACAUUACCAGAGAAGAUUACUCAGAUCUGAUGCACAAGCUUUGGGAUCCUCUGGUAGAGAAAGGAUUAAGUUUCAUAGUGAAAUCCACGUCUGGCGAGGCACUAAGCGUCGCGUUGAAUUUCGACGCGAGAGACGAGCCUGAGGUUACGAUACAUUCAAAACUGACAGUAAUAUUUGAGUUUUUGGAGUACCUUGAGGGGCCAAUCCGAGAGGAACAGCUGCCCAAGGGGAAGGGACAAAUUUUGCACUGUUUUAUGAUGGGAACCAACAGCAGUCUCACUUCAGCUGAGAAUAUCGCUCUUAUGAGGGAGAUGGAGGAACAUGUGCUCAGAGUCGCCAGGCAGAAGGGCUUCGCUGGCAUAUUUACAACAAACACCAGCCCGCUCACACAGCAACUGGGUACCGAUAUCUACAACUAUGAAGUCUUACAUGACUACCAAGUCAACAAAUACAUUGCGCCCGAUGGUUCGAUGCCGUUUGGAAACGCGCCAGACAGUCAAAGAGCAAUCUGCUGUUGGAAAAGCGUUUAGCACUUUCUGGUCAAUAGAUUGGAAAUUACUUGUAGUUGCUCAUGUGAUUAGUUUGACUGGUUAAUGAUAGUGAAGUUCUGUACAGAAUUGUAAAUAAGUAUUCAACCCGACGAGGAUAUUACCAAAUAGAUAUCAUGCAUGAAAUAAAUCGAAGGGCGCACACGAACUAGAAAUUUUAAUGUCUUUACAUAUUUAUUUGUCUGUAAAAUGAAGAAAACAACUGCUUUGCUCCUGUUUCCUCCAAUCAUUAUUAUAAGGUACCUGAAGUUCUUCUCAUGAACGUUGAGCAUGCCUCAGUGUGGAAUAAAUUUAAGUUAAACAUCUGAUACUCUUUAAAUGUCUUUAGCCGAUGAAUACGUAUUGGUUGCAAGUUUUAAAAGUAACAUUCAACUGCUAUAACGGAGAAAUCUGUGCGAACCCCAUAAUCAUUCAUAAUUAUUUAUGAUUUAGGAAGUAGUUUUAUUUGAAUAUAUAUUGAUUAAGGUAUUUAGCAUUAAAAAUCACAAUGAUUUACACUAUUCAUCUGUCAAAUAUUGUAAAUGCACUUAUCACUAGCACCUGCCUAAAUAAAUCGUAAUUCAUAAUAA